CCACGCACGCUCGCCCGCACGCUCCUCCCACUCCCUCCCUCUCCUCCGCCUCCCAAAGUUGCAUCUUUCUCUUUCGCUUUGCCGGUGUCAACGCGAACAAAAAGAGCCACGGACUCCACCUCCUCCUCCACUCCACCACCAUCGCCUGCUUCCUUCACCCGCACGAAGCUUCCUCCGCUCUGCGCUUCCACUCGCGCACGCCGGUAUAAAGCCCGCGACCUCGCCGCCAUUCUGCUCGUUGCCGUUUGCGGGGGUGUCUUGGUGUUCGUCUGGUUGCUUCGAGUUCUUGGAGCGCGCGGACGGGCGGGCAUGGCGGCGGUAGUGGCGAAGUGCGGUGGCGGGAAGAAGCGUAAGUGCGGGGGUGAGGAUGGGGCGCUCGGGGAGAUGCACGACGACGUGCUCGAGCGCGUCCUAGCGCGGCUCCCGCCCGCGAGCUUCUUCCGCCUCCGCGGCGUGUGCCGGCGCUGGCGCGCGGCCGCGGCGUCGCCCACGUUCCUCGCCGCGUGCGGGCGUGUCCCCGCGCGGGACCCCUGGUUCCUCAUGCUUUCCGACGGCCAGGAGCGGCGGCAAUGUCCCGCCGUCGCGUUCGACGCCGCCGAGGGGGCCUGGGCGCGGUGCCGUGCCGCGCCGGGCCCCGUGCUGCCGGUGGCCGCCGCGGGGGGUCUUGUGCUGUACCGCGCGGCGGAUACCGGCGCGCUCACCGUAGCCAACCCGCUCACCGGCGCGUCGCGCGUGUUGCCCGCGCCGCCGGCCGCACCGGCCGCGCUCCAUGCCGUUGCCAUGUACGGCUCCCCCUACCGUGUCGUCCUCAUCAUGGGUGAGCUCCCGGACCUUUCCAUGGCGGUGUACGACUCGUCCAAGGACGCGUGGGAGGAUGCCGUGGCGCUGUCGAGGAAGCCGGAGGCCUCGUCGCCCGAACGCGAGGCAGAGGGCGGCAUCGGUGGCGGCGACGAGACGGUCUACUUCCUUAGCAAGUCCGGCGACGUCAUGGCGACGAACAUGCAGCGGAGCGCGUCGAGGCAGUACUCGUCCGUCGUCACGUGCGGCGACGGCGGCGAGGCCGUGGCCUACUUCCUGAGCCACUCCGGCGCGGUCGUCGCCUGCGACCUGGCGCGCCGCGUCUUCUCCGAGCUCCCGAGGAUCCUGCCGGUCUACUUCGAGUACUCCAUCGACGUCGUGGCGUGCGGCGGCCGCGCCUACGUGGUCGUCCUCUCGGAGCUCCUCGACACGGCCAGCCUGCGGGUGUGGGAGUUCGCCGGCGGCGCGUGGCGGCAGGUGGCCGCGAUGCCGCCGUCCAUGUCGCACGCCUUCCACGGCAAGAAGGCCGACGUCAACUGCGUCGGCCACGGCGACCGCCUCAUGGUCUGCGUCAGCUCCGGCGAGGCUGCCAACGGCUGCUUCAUGUGCGACGUGACCACCAACCGGUGGGACGAGCUCCCCCCUUGCGCCGCCGCCGCCGGCGACGGCCAGGCCAUGGACUUCGUGGCCGCCUUCUCCUUCGAGCCAAGAAUGGAGGUCGCCGUCUAAGCAAGGAGCAGCAGCAGCCAUGCAUAGGCCAUAGCUUGGCUCCAUGCCUUCCAUUGUUGAUUUAUGCUUGUCUGUGUGCAUGAUUUUGUUGGUGAUUUGAGAUUGUUUCAUGGGAAUCAAAGUCACCUGUCUGUCUCGUCAAUGUGUUUGUGUUCUCCUCAUUGACACUAGCUUCUGUUCUUUCUUGAUUCCUGUGCCAAUGGCAACAGAGUGCAUCAACUA